AUGGCAGUCGAUGAUGUUGCUCGGAGAGCAUACCUGGCAGAGCAUGUGAGCUCAGAUCUGCAAUAUAUUUGGCAAGAGUGCGAUGUUUCGCUGGGUACACAACAUACGCUGGCACAACAUUACAAGACCAUGAAGGUCUUCAGUUCGAUGUGUGAUACAAAGGCAGAAGUGCGGGAGGCAUUGCGCACUGACUUUCGUAUUGAUCCAGCAACAAGUCCAGAGACUAGAGCAGAUGUUGCCAAAGUGUUGACGGCAUGGGAGUUGUCACGUUCAAUGACAGCAAAAGAGCAAGAGCUUCAAGCAGAGACGAAAGUGUUGGGCAUGCCGCGCGUUCUUCAGCAUACUGAACGCCAGGCCAUGGUGAAAGCUGUGGAAGUCACAUUGGGUAAGCUUCAAGAUGCAGAGAUCCCUAGCAAUGAGUACCUGGCCUUGAAAGUCGAGGAGUGCGAAGCCAAUGAACCCCAGGCUCUGGGGCUCGAUGAGGUGUCUUCGCGUUCAGACACGAGCUCGUCGGCAUUGCAGACAUCGCUUGAUUCAUCUGGGCAUGUCCGGGUCACGAAAGUGAAGACCAAAGGGCGCCUCCCAGAGGACACAGAGUCACUUCGCAGGGCCUUGAAGCUGGAGGCCAUCAGCUGGCUUUGCAUGUCAGCAAAGUUUCGAAACAAGACAUGGCUCCAUGGGCUGGAGUUGCAGCACUGGACAAAGUACACGGAGUAUUGCUUGGUGAAAAGGUGCCAGACCCAUGCAGUGAAACCUCCAUGGGCAGUUAUCCUCAGCUACGAGCAAAAGAUGCGCAAAGAAGUCUUCAAGCUUGUGCAGGCUGGUACCCACACUGUUGCGGAAGGCUUGGCAGCGGUGAUAAGGGAUGCAGAAAUCAAGGAAGCGCACUUUACAGCUCCUAUUGCUUUGGGGGUUGGCUGGAACAACCAAAGGACCACGCAGCCACAGCCCAACAAGUGGCAGCGAACGAGUUACAAAGGGAAGCCUCAGCACAAAGGAGCCAAAGGUGGAAAAGGAAAAGGCAAGUCUGGCAAAGGCAACGCCAGGGAUUUCAACGGCAGCAGCUUGGUCACACACACGGGUGUUCUGGAAAGUGUGGCAGGGUACAUGCAUGCCGAGUCCGUGGAUGUUACGCAAAACACUCGGCACGUGAACACCACAAAUAUACCGGCUCCAAGUCUCAGACAGCAAGUGGUGAAGACCAGGGCAGACCUGGUGAUGAGUGACAAGCACAGCGAUUUUGACCUGAAUGUCCGCGAAGUGGACAUUGAGCGCUCUGAGUCUGACGACCUCAGCAGUGCACAGCUGUGGGAACAACUUUUUGCAGAGAUUCGUGAUGGCAAGUAUGAUGUGAUUAUCAUGUUUCUUUCUACAAUACCGGGCAUCAAGUCGCGCUAUGCGAAGUGGCCGUCAUUUGAUCAAGAUGGCCGAUAUUUGGGGCCAUUGCCAGCUCGGUGCACUCACAAGCGUCAUGUCAGGCGUUUGAUUGGAAAAGACUCCCAGGGACGUUGGGUCACCGGGCCUGCUGCAGCAUAUCCACCUGGCUUGUGCAAAUAUCUUGCAACCCUUGUGGCCUCCGUCCUGCGGAAAGGGGAUCACCACAGGGUUAAAGAGGGGCUUGUUUCUCCGAGACCUGUUUCCCCUCCUGCUGAAGCGGUUACGAAGCAUGUGGCUCCUGAGUCGAAGCAGAUACAACAACAACAGAUGGAAGUUGAUGAGGAGGACAAACAGUCGCUGGCUGAACAACCGGCGGCACAGGCUGUUGGUACCAGUAAAACAGUAGAGGUGCAGCACACUGUUUCGCGUUUCAACUGGGGUAGGCCUUUGAUGGUGGAAUGGUCAGGUGAAGAGAGAGAGAUCGUUGAUGGUUUUGGACUGUGCUCACCCAAUAGGUGGGCGCCUGGUUGCAGAGGUGUUGGACAGAGCGUGCGUUCAAUGGAGCUCAAUACAAAGAUCCACGAUUUGUUGAGGAAUUUUGUCCAUGAGCAGCUGGGAGACCUUCGCCUUAUGGCUUUCAAACUGGCGACUGGGAAGUUGACGGAGUCCCCCUUUGGGGGGGACGCUCUUGACCUGUUAAGGAAGCGGUGGGCAGCUUUGCUGCCGGUCCCAGGCAGUGCUAUGGGGAGAGCAGAAGGCCAACCUUUCUUGGCGCAGACUCUGAAGAUCCAGGAAGAUCCGGAUCAUGAAAUUUUGGUGGCAGACAGAGACUCCUUUUCGUCUGGCGUGCCGGUUGGGUACGAAGAGCCUAUACCACCUGCUCCUGAUGUGUUUCGUGCCCGGUUAAAACAGAGCAACCUGGACUCUUCUGAGUACAUGGAGGAGGCACGCAACUACAAGUCUGCGGUGGAGAACAAGGAAGGGCUUGAAAGCAAGUUCAGAGAGGACGAGGCGCAAGGCAUGAUGUUCCCCACGACUAUGGGAGUUUUGAAAGAGCGCUACCCGGGAAAACCUAUCCUGGUGGCGGCCAUGGGGGCAAUCAAGAAACCAGAUGGGAGCGUUAGGGACACCAUGGAGGCUUUCUUCACGGUGUCAGCAGACAUCAAGGCGGCGCACAGGCUGGUGGCUAGGCUGCUCUUGGACAGGUGGAUUUUACAACUGGUUUACGUGGACGAUCUCCACGUUGUUUGCGUGGGUGAGCAGAAGUUUGAGACUUUGUGGAUGGCAAUUGCGGCCUAUGAAGCUUUGGGCACACCUUUUGGAUACAAGAAGUUUUCUGGAGGCAUGGACGUCCAGUUUGUUGGAUACCGUGUUGACUACCGCAACAUGGAGGUUGGCAUAAGUGGAGCCCGCGGUCAAUGGCUGCUUAGUUUUCUCAGAGAGCUGAGGAGGGAUGGCUAUACAGUGCAUGUCCACAGGUUUGCAGAGUUUCUUGGGCGGCUCGGCUUCACCUGCCGCGUCCUGUUGUGGUUGAAGCCGCAUCUGGCCCCGCUUUACUCUUGGGCGUCAGCAGUUAGCAAAAGCACAGUUGCUACGGCCCCACGCCUGGUCAGGCUGGUUUGCAUGUUUCUGGAAAAGCAGUUUGAGGAGCAGAAGUUCAUGUUUUCUUGCGUGAAGCCGCAGAGGCUUACAAAUGAAGUUUUCAGGACUGACGCGAAAUGCGAAAACAACUUGGUGGUUCUUGCGGGGUAUCACUUCCCAGACGGAAGGUGGUUUUCAGUGCGGGUCACACCGCGUGAUGCUCCUUACUUGUUCAAAGAGAACGGAGACAGUGAGUGGGCUUCGGCACCAGCUGAGUUGCUUGCCGUUUUGGUGGCGCUACGGUUGUUUGGCUACCUGGAGCCCAAGACAGGUAGGACGUGCAUACGUUUGUGGAUUCAGAGCGGGACUGACAACCGUUCCAUUGACUUCUUGUCCAAAAAGAACUCCACUACCCGCUGGCCUCUCACCUUAGUCAACAUGCAGCUUUCACAUUUCUUGAUGAGGUCAGGUGUCAGGUUGAGUCUGGCGUGGAGACCGAGGGACGAGAACACCCUCGCUGACGAUUUGACGAACUCCAAGUUUGGAGGGGUUGACAUGGACAAGAGAAUUUCCUGCCUGUUUUCAGAUUUAGAUUUGAGUUUGUUGGCGAGCCUUUGGGAAGCCAGAGAAGAGUACUUAGACCGCGACUCUUGGGCGGUUUACGGAAAAGGCAAAGACAAAGGUGAAAAGACGGCAUGGGGUUAA